AACUCGUGGUCUGACUUGAACAUCCUUUUACGUGUACACCGUCCGCGCCUAAACCAUUUUAAGGAAUACGCAAAAGUUUAAAGCAUAUCACAAUGGAGUACCUUUACUGUUUGGGACUUAGCGAGCAUAAAGUAAAAGAGACUCUUAAAAAUGCCGCGCUUACUGCUACAAUUACCCGUGCUUUCUCCUAUUUACCAAUUGAUGCGCAGCUUACUCCGCCAAAAAAAUUACUGCUGUUUCAGGUAUGCUCGAAACUGAAACCGCAAAUUUCUUCUUUUUUGGAAAUUUUGAUACGCAAAGUUGUUGAUGGAAGUCUCGACACAAGCGUGAGGGUCGACACUGCCCUUGAAUACUUGUUAGCGAAUGUUGCAAAAGGUUCAUUCGACGAGGCUGAAUUCGACAAAAGAUGCGGUGUAGGGGUUGUUGUAACGCCGGAAGAAAUUGAACGAGCAGUGGAAGCAGCACUGGCGAAACACAGGGAAAAUAUUUUGGAGCAAAGGUAUCGGUUUAAUGUGGGCAAACUCCUUACGGAAAUUCGUCACUCACUACCGUGGAUUGAUGGUAGAGCUUUAAAAAACGAAGUCGACGUGCAGAUGUUUGACCUCCUUGGUCCAAAAACGACAGCUGACGAAGAUCAAAGCAAGAAGAAACACGAAAAAGCAAUUCCAAAUGUAGUAAAGCCGACGGCAGCGAUAAGGAAAACAACAGCGAAGUUCAACGCACUGGAUGGUAUUCCCUGUUCGAUGAUUGAAUUGAUGCGAAACGUCGAUUUUCAUCGUCCGGGUGAAAACUUCAAAACAGAUGGUUACGUUGUGACACCAAAUACGGAAAGACUACUGCAGGAACAUCUUCGACGAACGAACGGCAAAGUACAUACUCGGUUCCCCCCGGAACCGAAUGGCAUCCUUCACAUUGGGCACGCCAAGGCUAUCAACAUUAACUUUGCAUAUGCCGCAGCAAACGAUGGUGUGUGCUUUCUGAGAUACGAUGACACGAAUCCGGAGAAAGAGGAGGAAAAAUUCGUCCACGGAAUUCGCAAUAUUGUUGAAUGGCUGGGUUAUAAACCGUUCAAGGUGACCUAUUCUUCCGAUUACUUUCAACAGUUGUAUGAAUUUGCGAUACAGUUAAUUCGCAAGAAUAUGGCCUACGUUUGCCAUCAGACAGCAGAACAAAUGAAGGGUUUUACUCCGGAAACAUCCAAGUGGCGCGAUCGUCCUAUUGAAGAAAGCCUUGCCUUGUUCGACGAUAUGAAAAACGGGAAAAUUGACGAAGGUGCAGCUACUUUGCGAAUGAAGGUUACAUUAGAAGAAGGAAAAAUGGACCCAGUGGCCUACAGGAUAAAAUUCAUACCACACCAUCGUACUGGUACUCAAUGGUGUAUAUAUCCCACGUACGAUUACACGCAUUGCUUAUGCGAUAGCUUGGAGGACAUUACUCAUUCGCUUUGUACGAAGGAAUUUCAAUCGCGGCGAUCUUCCUACUACUGGCUAUGCAAUGCACUGGACAUCUAUUGUCCAGUACAAUGGGAAUAUGCACGACUCAAUGUCAAUUAUACGGUAGUUUCAAAGCGUAAGAUCAACAAACUCAUUACGGAAAAUAUCGUCAACGAUUGGGAUGAUCCUAGGUUAUUCACUCUAUCAGCUCUUCGGCGUAAGGGAUUUCCUGCGGAAGCAAUAAACAAUUUCUGCUCCCUGAUGGGACUUACCGGUGCACAAACGUCUAUAGACCCAGCUGUACUUGAAGCAAGCGUACGCGAUGUGCUUAAUGUUACUGCUCGACGUACUAUGGCCGUACUUGUACCUUUAAAAAUAGUGAUAAACAAUUAUCCGCAUAACGGACCUAUCAAACUUCCAGUACCUAACUUCCCAAAUGAUGCUGAAAGAGGUUCUCAUGAAGUAUGGUUCGACCGAAUUGUGUACAUAGAAGCCUCAGACUUUUUGGAACAAGCUGAUAAUUAUUUCCGCCGCCUAUCUGUCGGACAAGCUGUCGGUCUGAAAUACACUGGUAUGAUGAUAAGAGUUGAAAAAAUAGUACGUACCGGUAACGGCGCUACUCCAUUGGAACUUGUAUGUAACAGCGAAGUGUGCACAGAGACAGUGAAGCCAAAGGCUUAUAUCCACUGGGUGGCCAAACCCGUGUCCGUCGAGGUUCGUCUAUAUGAAAGAUUGUUCACGCAUAAGAAUCCAGAAGACAGCACUGAUGUUCCAGGUGGUUUUCUAAGUGAUUGUAGACAGGAUACGAUGCGCUCGAUUUGUGGUUACGUCGACGAGCAUAUGAACAAUAGCUGUGUUUACGAAAGGUUUCAAUUUGAACGGAUAGGGUUCUUUUCUGUAGAUCCCGACACUGUGAAAUAUGGGCAGCUGAUCUUUAAUCGCACUGUUACUCUGAAGGAAGACGCAGGCAUGUCUAGUAAAUGAUAAAAUAUCAAUCGUUAACGCAUGAAAAAAAAUUAUCUUCAAAUGUUCUAAUAAAGCUUUUUCGUAUUUGCAAUAUUGGA